UCUCGGCACACAUUCUGAAACUCUGAGCUGCUUGCAGACGCGGAUUGUACAUAUCUCAGGCAUCACGUCAGAACGCGGUAUUACAUGUUAUCGUGCCCUUUAUAGGUUGUAUCUCAAUUGUGUGUUUACCUACCUUCUACUGGCACACUGGAGUGAUUCUGACCACCGUGAGAGUUGCCAGAUACCACGUCUGAAGCGACCACUCCAGGCUAUCAGCGGUUUGCACACGUGUUUGCCCUCGGCGGGAUAACGAUGGACGCGGGUGUUUUUUGCCUCUUUUUGCCGUCGGCGGCUGUGGCGCGUUUUGCGAAAGACAGCGGAGACGAAAUUCGCCGGGAGAGUCUUCUGCAGGCCUAUUCCCUACAGUGUUUUUUCAAGUCCCGUGUUCAGGCAGAAUGUUGCGUCCGGUUCGGGUGUGGUCGCAGCAAGACUGUUAGUGACACAGAGAUGGCGAAACCUAACGAUUUGGCCGGCCUUGAGAAGGCGUUGAACAAGAACGACAAGAUCGACUUGGCGCGAACCGACACCUUUGUCGAGAGGGCGGAAGAGCUGAUGAACAAGCAGCUUCCCGAGAAGCACGAGCACAACCAAGAAACUGAGAAAAUGGUGGCGUUCGACCGUCGCAACUCGUCGAGUAUGCUCGACGCCUCUAAGUUAUCUCCGGUUUUUUUCCCGAGGUUUUCUCGCGCCUCUCCUUUUUCCAAGGAGACGGUUGGCGAGAGAGCUAAGACUGUUCGGGGGAGGAGAAACAGCCAGGCAGAGAUAGGGGCCAAGAGGCCAUCCGAGGAAAGGACAUGCUCAUUGAGCAAUGACGCACUGCAGGUCCAGGCGUAUUCGAAGAUAACAUCCUUCGCUAAAAAGGAUCAGAAAGGUUUUUAAAUGUCGACAGUGGGUUUUCGUCGUGCAUGUUGAGAAGACGCUCCCCGGUCCGGUGUCGCGUCCCAGUGUAGAGGAAAAAGAAACCUGUAAAGACGCUUUCAAAGCCGCCGUGAAGCUUUAAACCCUAAACACGACGCACGCUUAUUUUUUUAGUCGAUCAAACUUUUGUGACAGCAGA